GUCACCGGCCUGCGUGCCAGCACUUCUCCCUACGGGCGCCUGGGGGUGGGUCUCGAGAGCUGGGGCCAGGCCGUGCGGAAUCACGACUGCGUCCACCCUAGAGACCUGAGUCCGGGAAGGCACGGCCAGGCACUGGUGCGAAGGCCGGGCGAGGACCUAGGUGGAGCCUGGAGGAGGUGACAGAGUUUAAAGGAUGGAUGAGAGGAAGCGAAGUGGGGGAGAUCCAAGAUGAGGAGUUGGAGAAGUUCUGUUCCCGGAUCAAUAAGCUGCUGCAGAAGGAAGACUUUGGGCCUGACACUGUGGACUCCCUGCAGAGACUCUUCUUCAUCGUCUCAGCCACGAAGUAUAACCGGAGACUGGAGAAGACAUGUGUGGACCUGUUGCAGUCCACCCUGUGCCUGCCGACCUGCCCCGAGCAGCUCCAGGUUCUCUGCGCUGCCAUCCUGAGAGAGAUGUCACCCUCAGACAGCCUGACCUUGUCCUGUGACCACACCCAGAAUAACCGGCAGCUGAGCCUGGUGGCCUCUGUGCUCUUGGCCCAGGGUGACAGAAGAGAGGAGGUCAGACACGUGGGCCAGCACGUUUUCAAAGUCCUGGAGAGCCGGCAGCCUGAGGGACCCAGUCUUAGGCAUCUCCUCCCUGUCCUGUCCAAGGUCAUCAGCCUUGCCCCCAGCAGCCUGCAGGAAGACCAAACUACUCUGUUCAGCAAGAGGCUGGUGGACUGGCUCCGCUACGCCAGCAUCCAGCAAGGCCUUCCACAUGCUGGGGGCUUCUUCUCCACACCCAGAACACGGCAGCCGGGUCCUGUCACCGAGGUGGACGGGGCAGUGGCCACAGACUUCUUCACGGUGCUCUCCACAGCCCAACACUUCACGGAGGACCAGCGGCUGAACGUGCAGGCCUUCUCCAUGCUGCGGGCGUGGCUGCUGCACAGUGGCCCGGAAGGCCCGGGGACCCCAGACACAGAUGACAAAUCAGAGCUGGAGGGCUCCACCCUGUCUGUGCUCUCUGCCGCCUCCACCGCCAGCCGCCUGCUGCCUCCCCGGGAGCGACUGAGGGAGGUGGCCUUCGAGUACUGCCAGCGCCUCAUUGAGCAGAGUAACCGACGGGCCCUGAGGAAGGGGGACGCCGACCUACAGAAAGCCUGCCUGGUAGAAGCUGUGCUGGUUCUGGACGAGCUGUGCCGGCAGGAGCCCUCCUUCCUGUACCGCACCCUCUCCUGCCUGCAGGCCCUGCACGGGCGGCUGCGCGGGGACCCGGCCUACGUGCGGGCACUGCUGCCCCUCGCCCGGUUCUUCCUGAACCAUGGGGAGGCAGCUGCGGUGGACUCAGAAGCCAUCUACCAGCACCUCUUCACCAGAAUCCCCUCUGAGCUCUUCCACAACCCAAUGCUGGCCUUCGAGUUCAUCCAGUUCUGCCGGGACAACCUUCACCUGUUCAGCGGGAACCUCAGCAUCCUCAAAUUGAACUUCCCAAACCUCUUUAAGCUCCUCGCCUGGAACAGCCCCCCACUCACCUCUGAGUUCGUGGGGCUCCUCCCGGUCCUGGUUGAUGCCAGCACAGCCGUGGAGAUGCUGCACGCACUGCUGGACCUGCCCUGCCUGACUGCGGCCUUGGACCUGCAGCUUAGGUCAUUGUCGGCCCCAUCUGAGAGGCCACUCUGGGACACCUCCCUGAGGAUUCCCAGCUGCAUGGAGGCCUUCCGGGACCCACAGUUCCAGGGUCUCUUCCAGCACCUGCUGCGCACCAAGGCCAGUGGCACCUCAGAGAGGUUGACACCGCUCCACCAGCUGCUGCAGCCCAUGGCCAGCUGUGCCCGGGUGGUCCAGUGCGCUGAGGCUGUGCCCAUCCUGCUCCAGGUGUUCUUCUUGGCCGUGACCCAGUUUGCAGAUGGAGCCCUGAUCAGCCAUCUGGCACUGUUGCUCCUGGAGAGAAGUGACUCACUUUACCAGGUCCCAGGGUAUGAAGCCAGCAUGCACAGGGUGCUGAGCUCCCAGUUCCUGGCCUUGUGUAAGCUGAAGCCCUCCCUUGUGGUCGAACUGGCGAAAGACCUCCUAGAGUUCGUGGGAAGCGUGAGUGAUGUCCACAGAAGGGCAAGCAUGGUCACCAGCGUGGUGUGGGCCAUCGGCGAAUACCUGGCAGUGAGCUACGACAGGAGGUGCACUGCGGAGCAGAUCAACAAGUUCUUCGAAGCCCUGGAGGCCUUACUCUUUGAGAUCACCCAGUGCCGCCCCUCGGCUACCCUGCCCAAGUGUCCCUCUCAGGUCAUCACUGUGCUUAUGACCACGCUGACCAAGCUGGCCUCUCGGAGCCAAGAUCUGAUUCCCAGGGUGUCUCUGUUCCUGUCAAAGAUGAGGACUCUGGCUCAGCGCCCAGCUGCCAGCUCCGUGCACAGUGAGGAGGACACAGAUGCUGUCCAUACCCGAGCUACUGAGUUGCUGAACCUAUUGAAGAUGCCCAGCGUGGCCCAGUUUGUUUUCACGCCAAGCAGAGAGGUGUGCAACCCCCGCUAUCACCGCGACACCAACACAGCCUUGCCCCUGGCCCUCUGUACGGUCAGCCGGCUGGUAGAGAAGGAGGCUGGCCUGCUGCCAGGGUGAAGGGUCAGGGACCAGGUGGACACCGGCUGCAGAGUGAGAGCCUGGGGCUGCCAGGCUGGUAGUAGGGCCAGGCUAUCUGCUUUAGUGAUCAGAGGGGCUCAGGGAGGAGCAGGGGGGUUGGAAGAGGAGGUCCAGGGCCCGUGGUGGGCUCAGCAAGUUCAGAUGCACCAAAGCUCAUUCUGAGCUGUCUGACCUGCUGGGGCGCUAUGUUCUAAACUCUCCUCCUGUGGCCAUGCUGAGCUAAGCUCAGAACAACUCUGCUCCAUGGCUUCAGCUCUUUCUCAGGACUGUAUGGAUGCUGCUGGCUUACCUUCUAGUCCUUGUUUCUGGACAGUUUGGGGGCAGGAUAAGAUAGAGCAAAAAUAAAUCUGUAAAGAGUAUACGUGAA